GAACGUUGGCCAUGGAGUGGAAACAAGGGGCUGCCGUGGCCCCUUUUCUGCUGCUGACCUUGGGAUGGUCGUGUGCCAAGGUUGAGGAGGAGAAUCCUGACUACUGGAGGUCACGGGCCCGGGAGACUCUACAGUCAGCCCUGGACAGGAAGCCCAACACCAACAUUGCCAAGAACAUCCUGUUUUUUCUUGGAGAUGGUAUGGGAGUUACAACGUUCACAGCAGCUCGCAUCCUGAAGGGCCAGCUGCAGAACCAGUCAGGGGAGGACUCAGUGAUGACCAUGGACACCUUCCCCCAUGUAGGGCUGGCUAAGACCUACAGUGUGGACUUCCAGAUUCCAGACAGUGCAGCCACAGCCACGGCCUAUCUGUGCGGAGUGAAAACCAACCUGAAUGUCAUUGGAGUGAACGCAGCGGCUCGGAACGGGGUCUGCAGAACUCAGAAAGGGAACGAGGUCACAUCUAUCCUGAAGUGGGCCAAAGAUGCUGGCAAGUCUGUUGGCAUUGUAACAACUACACGUGUGCAACAUGCCACACCAGCAACCACCUAUGCCCACAGUGCCAGCAGGAAGUGGUACAGCGACGCCGACAUGCCUGACGCCGCCAAGAAGGACGGCUGCACUGACAUUGCAUCCCAGCUCAUCAAAAACAUAGACAUCGAUGUGAUCAUUGGUGGUGGGAGAAAGUACAUGACUCCCAGGGGCACAAAGGACCCAGAGUACCCCUGGGACUUUUCAUCCAGGGGCAAAAGAAGAGAUGGACGAAACCUGAUCCAGGAGUGGCAGAGCAUGAAGACUGGAAAGGUAGCCCACUAUGUAUGGAAUAAAACAGAUUUUGACAAUGUUGACCCUAAAACCACAGACUACCUCAUGGCUCUGUUUGAACCUGGUGAUCGGCAGUAUGAGGCAGACAGGGACACAACCCUGGAUCCAUCCAUCAUGGAGACCACAGAAAAGGCAAUCCACAUUCUGCAGAAAAACCCGAAAGGCUUCUUCCUGUUAGUGGAGGGUGGGCGAAUCGAUCAGGCUCACCAUGAAGGCCGAGCUUACAUGGCGCUCCACGAGGCCGUCGCCUUUGAUGACGCCAUUGCUAAGGGACUCGAACUCACCAAAGAAGAAGAAACUCUCACCAUAGUGACAGCUGACCAUUCCCAGCCACUCACCUUCAAUGGAUUUCCAUUUCGAGGGCAGAGCGUUCUGGGUAAAUCUCCCCUUUGGGCUACAGACAUGCUACCUUACACGACUCUCAUGUACGGCAAUGGACCUGGACACAAAAUCAUAAACAGCAAGCGCCCUGACAUCCGCAACGUCACCACCAAAAGUAAAGAUUACGUCCAGUUUUCUGCUGCCCCCAUGAAGUCUACCACCCACAGUGGAGAGGAUGUAGCAGUUCUGGCCCGUGGACCCAUGGCCCAUCUGUUUAGUGGGGUCCAGGAGCAGAAUUACAUUGCUCAUGCAAUGGCCUAUGCUGCCUGUGUGGGCACAGACCUGAGGCACUGCCAGGGUGAGGUCUUACCUUCAUUGGGUCACAGCACCUUGACCAUGGCCUGGAAUGGGUCUGGAGCAGUUCGGAUCUCAGCACCUCUGAUCGGCGGCCUCCUCAAUUUAAUAAUGGUCCUAAUGGUGUUGAUGUAACCCCACCCCCCUCCAUCUACUCAGCUUACUGGUGCUGAUCAAAGAUCACUGAGAAGUGA